UUUUAUUUGUGCAUUGGGGCGGGGGAGGGGGAAGAUCGGCAGACGCGGACAGCCUCUGACCCUCUGGAGUUGGUAUGUGAUAAGCAGCCCUAGCAGUGCCAUGUAUUGGAAAAGCGAUCAGAUGUUUGUGUGUAAACUAGAAGAAAAGGACGUGCCGGAGCUGGCAGUUCCCUCUGAGAAGUGCCAGGGGCUCAUGUCAGAAGAGUGCGGGCGGACUGCUGCCCUGGCGGCCGGGAGGACUCGGAAAGGCGCCGGGGAAGUGGGACUGGUUAGCCCCGAGGGAGCGGGGGACGAGGAUUCGUGCUCCUCCUCGGCCCCGCUGUCCCCGUCGUCCUCGCCCCGGUCCAUGGCCUCGGGUUCUGUCUGCCCUCCUGGCAAGUGUGUGUGCAACAGCUGCGGCCUGGAGAUCGUGGACAAGUACCUUCUCAAGGUGAAUGACCUGUGCUGGCAUGUUCGGUGUCUCUCCUGCAGUGUCUGCAGAACCUCCUUAGGAAGGCAUACCAGCUGUUAUAUUAAAGACAAAGACAUUUUCUGCAAACUUGAUUAUUUCAGAAGGUAUGGAACUCGCUGCUCUCGUUGUGGAAGGCACAUCCACUCAACUGACUGGGUCCGGAGGGCCAAGGGGAACGUCUAUCAUUUGGCAUGCUUUGCCUGCUUUUCUUGCAAAAGGCAACUUUCCACAGGAGAGGAGUUUGCUUUAGUGGAAGAGAAAGUCCUCUGCAGAGUGCAUUAUGACUGCAUGCUGGAUAAUUUAAAAAGAGAAGUAGAAAAUGGUAAUGGGAUUACUGUUGAAGGCGCCCUUCUCACAGAGCAAGAUGUUAAUCAUCCAAAACCAGCAAAAAGAGCUCGGACCAGCUUUACAGCAGAUCAGCUCCAGGAUGUUAUGUGCUCAACUACGUAUAAACACAACUCUGCACAUGAAGAUAUUAAAGUAACACAUUUGGAAUAGGAAAGGAAGAAUUAAGUGAACUGAGUGAAAUGAUAAACUUUUAGGCUGAUUCUGCCUGUUUUUUAAAGUAAAAAUAUAUGUGCUGUUUACAGUGAGCAUGUGGAUAUAGUUGGACAGAAAGCCAGGAAUUCCUUAUUCCAGAAUAGUCACUAAUCUUGGAGAACUUUAAAAAAUUAUAUGAUUUUAUAAACCUCUAAGAUUUCUCAGAGCAACACUUAUCUUUGACUCCACACUAUCUUCAGAUUUUCCUCACAUUGUCAAGGUUCAUUCACUGUGUCACAAACUCUUCAGUGCAUACCAAGUGAUAGGAAGAGAGAUUAACUCCUGGGGAUGUGAAGAGUAAGAGGUUUCCCUCAAGAAACUCACUUUUUGCUGUGGAGAGCUAGAAUUGCUAACGGAUUACUUAGCUACCCUGUGACAAGUGCAGUGGCUGCGGGUAUUACAUGAGGAGCGUCGUGGAGAAGGCGGUUCAUUUUGCCUGUUGGAAAAGCUGUGGAGGCCAGUGCUGCUGGGUCUUUGAAUAGAUUGGUCACACCCGUUCUAUGCUGGGACAUGCACACUCAUGUUGGAUGCCAGACUCCCCUCUCUCAUUCUUCAUAAUACUUUCUUCACAUAUUCUAAUACUGCCUUCGAUUGAUUGACCUUUAAGUAAUAAAACUCAAAUACCUCACUUGAUUCCCAUGAUUCCCUUUUCUGAAAGAAUCCAAAGCCCUUGGUUUGUGCUGUUAUUAAAUGGGUACUCCUUGACCCACUCCACACCUCCCCCUUCACCUUCUAUUGGUGGUGGUUAUUGGCAUGUCUGUAUCUUUCUCCUAGGAAGUUGAGACCAGAAGAGUUUUUUUAUGUUUCACUAUCUCAUUGCACUUAACACAGUGUUUCCAAUCCAAAAGUUCACAUUAGGACCACCUGUGUACCUUUUCCAUACAACUGAUGUUUAGAUCUUGGACAAUUCUUAUUCACUGGGUUGAUGGGCAUCUAUUACGAUCCCAAAUAUUCCUUUGCAUAGAGUGAGUGCUCAAAACAAUUAAUGAUGGAGUCAUUAUCUGUUGCUCUGUGUACUACUUGCAGACUGAUAAAAAUUGUGGUAGGGGCCUUCAACAUGUUUAGCUCAGUAGAAGUUGGGCAUAAAUGUGGUACUAUUUUUGUAUUUUUUUAAAUAUUCUAAUGUUAGCAAUUUUUAACAAAAGAAUAGUAAAUAGACAUUUAUGCUUUUGUG